UAAUCCCUAACGAUUGAAUGAAUGUUAUUGGGGGAAACGGAGCCAGAAUUCUAUACUUCCGUGUCAUAAUAUAUUCAUUUUUUUUUGCUAUAUCGAUAAUUUUGAUUAAUUAUUUGUAAGAAUUCAACAAUUGUUGGUGAAAGAAAAGGACGGGCGAUUUUUUUGGGUUGUUCGUUGGUAAAUUUAGUAUAAUUUUAAUUAAAUUACCAACUUAUAUAUGUAUCUGUUGCCAUUCAGAACCUCAGAUAAAAAACUGAUAUGCGAAUUGAUCUUGAGCUCUUGUAGUCGGUCGAUUUCUUCUGUCAAUGGCUUUCUGUGGAGUUCCGUCGCGUCUUCGUUGCUCGUAACUCUGAGAUAUCGGUGUUGGCCAUUUGCUUCGUAGUGUUAGACAGUGGUAAUUCAUGAGCGCGCGAAGCUUACAUGUGAUGAGAUGCAAACUUUUCCGACGAAGAGUUCCCUUGGAGUCUCGCUUUGUCGUGCCUUAUCUCUCGCUGUCAUGUUCGUUUUGCGUCUCCAUCCUCCAUUGCAGCAGGUUCAUUUGAUUUCAGAAGAACCUCUUUGUGAUCCAUGUUGAUUAGCUUUAUUGUGUUCAUCCGAGCAUCUUCUACAAUUUUGUUGUUUAGGCACAGCGAAGAAUUUUUUUUAAAAUUAUUAUGUUGACUCUCUGAUAUAUCUCUGUGAGUAUUCCGGCGCAUUUGACUUCAGAAACUGGGACGUGUACUUUCCUAUGAAACAAGCUUAUAUAUAAAUUUAUGGUCAGAAUUGCUGUAAACCUAUUACUGGAAUUCUAUAGCUCCUGUAGUUCACUGCGAUGUUGAUUUUUAUGUAGAGAAAAAGACUAUGACUUACAGCAUUUACCUACUCACUGUCUUGAUGUCUGAGAUACGAGUAUUAGAUUUUACUCUGCUAGGCCACGGAUCAUACACAAAGAUAAUGCUACUUCACGACAACUCUUUGGAGGAACGAUGCCAUGAUAAGUAGCUGUUCUGAUGUAUUUGUGUUAUAAUAUUCAUCCUAAUUGAACUUCAUUGUGCUGGAUAGUGGUUGAUCUUAAUGCGAUAGGACGACCUAUACUUUUGAGGCUGUCAUAAGGCAUCUGUCUUCUUUUCUUGGCAUGAGGUUUAUACUGGAUUAGCCCUAUGCUUUGCCCCUGGAUGAACUGUUUAAAACUGCAUUUGUUCGUGUUUGGCAAUAGCUAUAGUUGAUCCGCUUUCGGUCUAGUUGAAGAACAUUUCAUAUUAGGAGCAUGAGAGACUCAUGUCCCACUUGAAUAUAGGCAGAGGAAUCUCGAAAUGAUCGUUACUAUUAUUUUGGUGAUUAGCUGUCCAUUUCAUCACUGCUGUCAGAUUGGAAAUCUUUUACCUUUGCAUUUAUGGAAGGAUGAAGAGUGACUCUUCAGAAUUAUAUGACGGGCAUGUGCGUUUGUGUGUUUUUGGUCGCACUGUUUUAAAUUUAAAGCUUGCAAACUCCCCCAGCCCUAACCACUUUGUAUAAGUAAGUGCUGCUCCUGUAUGAACUGUUUAUAUAUAGACCUUUGGUUUUUAACUUUAAUGGACUGGCUUAGGUCCCUCAUAGGCUAGUUUAAAUAUGGUUCUGCUAAAGGUAAGUGCAAAAUUGUUGAAGAUGCAAUGUUUUGACAAAGAGAUGUUAGUUCUGUGUAGCGUAGCCAACUCUAAGGGGUUUUCCCUUAUCUUUUGUAAAUUCUGGGACCAUUUGGAUUCUCUCUUUUUUUAUAUAUGCUAUCCUCACUAUUUCCCUUGCGGAUGGCAGAACCACAAAGGGAAACUGCAAUGGUGAAUCUGAAAGUGGAUAAAUCAUUACUAGGGAUGUUGAUUUUAACCUGGAUGCUGAUUUUGACAAGUUAUCAUCACUCAAAGUGGACAUGCCAGAUCUUGAUUUGUCCUGCCCAUCUAAGAAAUCUUCAGACAACAAAGGCAGAAAUGAAGCAGAACCACCUGGUGAAGGAAUUUCGAAGAAAAGCUUUUCUUUCUCCUUCGACUCUAAUGAGAUCUUAGCAGUCAUCUGUGCUAUACAGAUUGGAUGGCUUUAAUCUCGAUUCACCCAUGACUGAGGGAGAACAAGGUGGGAAGAAGGUUAUAGGAAGCAAAGGGAGAUCUUCAUAGAUGAAUGUGCACCAGGGCUCAAAAACUCGCCUUCCUGAGGCAAUUCCUGACUCUGAUGAUAAUGCUAUCAUUGAUCAUGUUCAAUCUGCACGCUGUGUGGGUACACCAGAGAUUCAGGUAGAAACUUCUGUAACUUCAACUUCUAUGCCCAACCCAAAAAUGGAUGAUUGGGUGCCAAAGUCCGCAGCCUGUAGAAAUGCAAUCCUGGAACGAUCUUCUUUGGAAAGGUCAAACAGCAUGUGUACUCAAGAAUCUGAUCAACAAGGUAAUCAUCAGAUAAAACAGUAUCAAGAGAAGUAAAUGUGCAGCCCAGGGUUAAUGCAAAUUUUAAUACCAUUCCAGACAUUUUAAGAAAAGAUUUUUCCAUUGUCAAAAGUUUGAAUUCCACUUUGGGUGAAGAGCAGAGUAACCGGGAAGAAAUGGUAGGGGAAGCCAUAUAUUCUUGUGGCAAUGUAUGCUCAGAAGGUUCAACUGUUGGGAGACAACGCCAAAGAUUCUCAAGUUGGGGGAAAGUCGCUCAUUGGUCUGAAUUCACUUGCAAGGGGGCACACAAAAAGUCAUUCUCCUUUGACUGGAAGCCAUAUCAGUGUGAGAUCCACUUCUCAGCUGGGUUCUCCAUGCAAGACGGGCAGUUUAAAUGAGUUGCCAAAACCAAUUGUUAAGAUAUGCAUGAAUCCUGAAGUCACUAAUUCAAGCAAGGAAUCUUCAAGGGUCAGAAAUGUUGAUAUGAAGAACAGUAACUCUCUUAAUUCUGCCAAGAGGGCUUUUCAUCUUUCUAGCUUGAGAAUGAUGAGGGCCACAAGAACCAGAGAAGAUCAACUUGGUUCCAAUCCUACAGAGGAAAUCAGAUCCAUGAGAGACUCUGAGCAAAUAAGGGCUAUGCGAGGUGAUGCAGCACGUGGGUUAGCUGAUCGUAGUAAAAGCACCGACAGCCAGUCACUUCUCAAUUCAUCCUUAAAGCGGAAAUCAUAUGAGGGAUCAGAUGCCAAUUUAAUGUCAUUUAGUCCAUUAAAACGGCUCUCUCAGUCUCCAAGUGAGAAAAGAAUUUUCCGAGAAUCCUCCGAAACUGUUGUCACAGAACAGGGAUCAGUUGCCAAUUUGAUAUCACUUAGUCCACUGGAGUGGCCCUCUGCGUCUCCAAGUGAAAAAAGAAGUUUCAGAGAAUCCUCCGAAGCUGUUGUCACCAAACAGGUUUGCAAUCAUGAGAACACUGAACAAAACAAAACCAACAGUGUGUCUGGUGACCAUCCUAAAUUUCAGCUUAAGAUUUCUCCUACGGCGAGGGCAACUGAAGUUGGAAGUCCAUUGGUCAUGGAAACUGAUGAAAGUGCUGGAAAGGCUGAAGCUUAUACAAAGGAACUUGAAGAUAUCUGCAACAUGCUAAAGAAGAAGCAGGAAGAAGCUAAAGAAUUGCUUGUUCGAGCACUUGUGAACAACAACAAUCUGUUAAUGCUCAAUCAUCCCAUCUACGAAGAACAGAUAUCCUUUUGGUUCUUUGGGUUGUUCAUGAUAUGUUUCUUUUCCCCUCUGGCAUUUCUUUGUAAUUCCUUCACCAGAUAAAACAUCCGUAGGGAGCAGAAGUUUGCAUCACAGCUCAUGUCCAAGGAGAUUCACACUUGAAGUUGCAUCAGACGAGAAUCGCAGGAGAUCAUGGAAGAUGCAUGCAUGUGCCUCUACAAACAUGGGAAAUGCCUACUUGCUCAGACACUCCUCUGAACAUGGGGUGCAAUGAUGAAUCAGGAAAGUAUACGCACGCUUGUUUCUCAGACUUAUGGAUUGUGAAAGCAUACUGGCUUCCUGCAUAUAUUUAGGGACAGUCUAUAUUUUUCUGUCCUGUUGGUUCGUGAUGAAAUCCCGAGGACAUUUCCGGUGCCUUGCUGAAUCAAGACUAUAUUUUUCUUCUCCCUGUGUUCAUGAGAUGCUGUCAAGUUCAAUGUUUCAAAUAUAGGACCAACUUCUCAAACUUGACAUUCAUAAUUGUUCGAUCUCGGCUUGUUAUUUCCUUUCAAUUGAGAGUAACCCGGUCUCCUAUUGGAGGUCAUUAUAAAAGCCACCUCCGUGUCUAGAUUUAGUGUUUUCUUAACAGUGGGAAAGCCAGGGCAAUGCCAAUACAAUUG